GUUCUUAAUAUCCGAAUCCUUAAAAUGAUAGCUUUUUCUAAAAAAGUAAAUUCCUUAAUUGAUUGAAUAACUACUGGUAUUCGCAUGUCGUAUUAUAAAAUCCAGGGUCUAAUGCCUCAUUUUUCCAUCGUAGCUUUCUUUUCUUUUUCUUUGUUCUUCAUCUUCCACUGCCAUUUCAGUUCUUCAACCAAAAACCUUCCAUUUUCAACGUUCUUGCUUCUACUUAUCUGUUCAAGCACCUGCAAGAGAAAUCAGUACUAAAACAAACCAAAAAUAUGACCUCAGAUCAGUACUUCAGGGAUGCUGCUCGCGAAAUCAGUUCCUUCCAAGACAUACCUUCCUUGGAAAAGUGGAAAUCUUCCACCAAUGCUGGUGUAGAUUCCGAUCGAAAUGCCACCGAAGGAUUCGACUGCAACAUCUGCCUAGAAUGUGUGCAAGAACCGGUAGUUACCCUUUGCGGCCAUCUCUACUGCUGGCCCUGCAUUUACAAAUGGCUCCAUAUCCAAACCAUCUCUUCCAAAAACAUGGAGCAGCAGAAGCCACAAUGUCCUGUGUGCAAAUCAGAAGUUUCUCAAUCCUCCCUAGUUCCACUCUACGGCCGGAACCAAGUCGCAACGCCGUCCGGCAAAAAUGCUCGCCAAUUAGGCUCUUCGAUACCUAGAAGACCCCCCGGCCGGAGACCAUACAAUCCUGCAGCAUCUGUUUUACAAUCUACUUCUGAAACUAGUCAACCUCGGCCAUUCGACUCGAUUCAAAGCAGUUACACUUCAACAUCUGGAAUUUUUGGUGAGAUGAUAUAUGCAAGGGUGUUUGGUAAUCAAUUGAGGAACAUGUAUACAUAUCCAAAUUCUUAUUGUCUUUCAGGGAGUAGCAACCCAAGGAUCAGAAGGCAAUUGAUGGAAGCUGAUGAAUCACUCAGUAGAAUAUGUUUUUUCCUCUUCUGCUGCUUGGUUAUGUGUCUUCUCUUGUUCUGAGUCAAGGCUACUACUUCAUUUCUCAUAUUUUUUUUUUAAAUGUACAAAUUUGUAGAGUAUCAUUUAGUCAGAUUCAGGCAUUCAGGCAUAUAUGUUGUGAACUUGAUAGAGACGUUGCAAAUUAAUGUCGAGUUAUAUAUGUAAUUCAAUUAUUACCAAUCUUGCAUUUCGCUAUGUGAAAUAGAUGUAUGUGUAAAUUUGAGUAAAUCCCUAUAAUGGUUCUUGAAAUUAAGCAGAUUAUCCAUUUUGGUCUUUAAGGUUCCAAUUUUAUUUUAGUGGUCCUCCAGACUCAAUUCUAGACACCAUAGUGGUCUCUGGAUCAAUUUCGGAUUUUGAU